AUGUCUUCUAGUGGUGCAAAGCCAUACCGAGAGAAGCCUGCAGCGAACAAUGGUGCUUCGUCCUCGUCUUCGUCUUCGUCUUCUUCUACAUCGGCCUCGCCAUCGCCUGCAGCCGCUCCACGUAAGGCCGCAGCCGUGCCUGCUGCUAACGACUCCGACUCCGAUGAGGAUAUUGAUGGAUUGAUUGAAGAAUUGCAAUCGAACUACGGAGAGAGCGAAGAAUCCAGUGAAGAAGAGAAGCAUACUGAUGAGGCCCACGCUGGUCAAAGGGUGAUUCCCGAAAAGGACCUUUCGACAGAUCCCGCCUAUGGUCUGACUUCGGACGAAGUCACCAGGAGAAGAAAGAAGUACGGUUUGAAUCAAAUGGCUGAAAACAAUGAAUCUUUAGUUGUUAAAUUCAUCAUGUUUUUCGUUGGCCCAAUCCAAUUCGUUAUGGAAGCAGCCGCUAUCUUGGCUGCCGGUUUGUCUGAUUGGGUCGAUUUCGGUGUCAUCUGUGCCCUACUACUGUUGAAUGCUUCGGUCGGGUUCAUCCAAGAGUUUCAGGCCGGUUCGAUUGUUGAAGAAUUGAAAAAGACUUUGGCCAAUACUGCAACGGUCAUCAGAGAUGGCCAAUUGAUGGAAAUUCCCGCCAACGAAGUGGUCCCUGGUGAGAUCUUACAGCUGGAAAGCGGUACGAUUGCUCCCGCGGAUGGUCGCAUUGUCACUGAGGAUUGUUUCUUGCAAAUCGAUCAAUCUGCCAUUACUGGUGAAUCUUUAGCUGCUGAAAAACACUACGGUGAUGAGGUUUUCUCCUCGUCCACAGUGAAGACCGGUGAGGCCUUCAUGGUUGUCACGGCGACGGGUGACGACACCUUUGUCGGUAGAGCGGCUGCCUUGGUGGGCCAAGCUUCGGGUGCCCAAGGUCAUUUCACUGAAGUCCUGAACGGGAUCGGUAUCAUUUUGCUGAUUUUGGUCAUUGCUACUUUGUUGCUAGUUUGGACCGCAUGUUUCUACAGAACUGAUGGUAUCGUCAGAAUCUUGAGAUACACUCUAGGUAUUACCAUCAUUGGGGUUCCGGUAGGUUUGCCAGCCGUCGUUACCACCACUAUGGCCGUCGGUGCUGCUUACUUAGCGAAGAAACAGGCUAUUGUCCAGAAAUUGUCUGCCAUUGAAUCCUUGGCUGGCGUUGAGAUCCUGUGUUCCGAUAAGACUGGUACUUUGACCAAGAACAAGUUGUCUUUGCACGAUCCGUACACUGUUGAAGGUGUUUCUGCUGAUGACCUGAUGCUAACUGCUUGUUUGGCUGCUUCCAGAAAGAAGAAGGGUUUGGAUGCUAUUGAUAAAGCUUUCUUGAAAUCUUUGAUUCAGUAUCCAAAGGCUAAGGAUGCUCUUACCAAGUACAAGGUCUUGGAAUUCCACCCAUUCGACCCUGUCUCUAAGAAGGUUACCGCUAUCGUCGAGUCUCCAGAAGGUGAAAGAAUUGUCUGUGUUAAAGGGGCUCCAUUGUUCGUCUUGAAAACUGUCGAGGAAGACCACCCAAUCCCAGAAGAUGUACAUGAAAACUACGAAAACAAGGUUGCUGAAUUGGCUUCCAGAGGGUUCCGUGCCUUAGGUGUUGCUAGAAAGAGAGGUGAGGGGCACUGGGAAAUCCUAGGUGUUAUGCCAUGCAUGGAUCCUCCAAGAGAUGACACUGCUCAAACAAUUAACGAGGCUAGGAACCUGGGUUUGAGGAUCAAAAUGUUAACCGGUGACGCCGUUGGUAUCGCCAAGGAAACCUGUAGACAAUUGGGGCUCGGCAGCAACAUCUACAAUGCUGAAAGGCUGGGUCUAGGUGGUGGUGGCGACAUGCCAGGCUCAGAACUGGCUGAUUUUGUUGAAAACGCUGAUGGUUUUGCUGAGGUUUUCCCACAGCACAAGUAUAGGGUGGUAGAAAUUCUACAGAACAGAGGUUAUUUAGUGGCUAUGACUGGUGAUGGUGUUAACGAUGCCCCAUCUUUGAAGAAGGCUGAUACCGGGAUCGCUGUUGAAGGGGCUACUGAUGCUGCCAGAUCGGCUGCCGAUAUUGUCUUCUUAGCCCCCGGUUUAUCUGCUAUCAUCGAUGCUUUGAAGACCUCCAGACAAAUUUUCCACAGAAUGUAUUCCUACGUUGUUUACCGUAUUGCUUUGUCGUUACACUUGGAAAUUUUCCUGGGCUUAUGGAUUGCAAUUUUGAACAACUCUUUGGAUAUCAAUUUGAUUGUUUUCAUUGCCAUCUUUGCAGAUGUUGCAACAUUAGCAAUUGCUUACGAUAAUGCCCCUUACGCACCUGAACCUGUGAAAUGGAACUUACCUAGAUUAUGGGGUAUGUCUAUUAUCUUGGGUAUUGUUUUGGCUAUAGGUUCUUGGAUUACCUUGAGUACCAUGUUCUUACCCAAGGGUGGUAUUAUCCAAAAUUUCGGUGCUAUGAAUGGUGUCAUGUUCUUACAAAUUUCAUUGACCGAAAACUGGUUGAUUUUUAUUACUAGGGCUGCUGGUCCAUUCUGGUCUUCGAUUCCGUCGUGGCAGUUAGCGGGUGCCGUCUUCUCUGUCGAUAUCAUCGCUACCAUGUUCACCUUAUUCGGUUGGUGGUCUGAAAACUGGACUGACAUUGUUACUGUCGUUCGUGUUUGGAUCUGGUCCAUUGGUAUCUUCUGUGUAUUAGGAGGGUUUUACUACAUGAUGUCUACGUCUGAAACCUUUGACCGAUUGAUGAACGGUAAGACAUUGAAGGAGAAGAAGUCUACCAGAAGUGUCGAAGAUUUCAUGGCCGCUAUGCAAAGAGUUUCCACUCAGCACGAAAAGGACAGUUAA